AUGACAGUGAUUGUUCUUGAGAUGAUGACCGUGACUGCACUUGAGCUGUUUUUGGAACUGAUUCAGCUGUCUGAGUGGACUGAGUUCUGUACGGGGAAACCGAGACCGGAACUCCAGCGGACAACAGAAUACCGUGCCCUUGGCUUCCAGAUAGUUUACCUGGAUGAAACUUGGGUCAACAAGAACCAUUCUGCGGACUAUAUGUGGUUACCCACAGACCGACAGAGAGCCCCCGUGGUACCAUCUGGGAAGGGCAACCGAAUGAUUGCACUUCGUGCAGGAAGCCGGGACACAGGUUUGAUCGACGGUUGCGAGUUGGUCUUUGAGGCAAAGAAAUCGAGUGGAGAUUACCAUCAGGAGAUGAACGGAGAUGUCUUCAUGAAUUGGAUGGAACAUCAGCUGUUGCCCAAUCUUUAUCAGCCCACUCUCAUAGUGAUGGACAAUGCCAGCAACCAUAAUGUGCGGGAACCAUGUAGCAUCACACCGACAAUGAGUAGCCUGAAGAAGACGAUGCAGGAUUUCCUCACAUUGUGUGGUGUUCACUACAGACCGGCAGACACAAAGAUACAGCUGAUGGAGAAGAUCCGCAUGAACAGGAAGCCCAUUCAGUACAGGGCCGAUGUGCUGGCUGCUUAA